AUGACACCAUUGGAAGACUAUAUAUUCAAAACAGAGAAACAAACUUGUCAACAAUUUGAUGCUAGAAGUAAAGAUUCCGGCAAAAACGUGGGAGACAAUUUAUUUGAUCCUGAUGAUUAUUGUAUCGAUGAUGGUGAUGCUAUGGAAAGUGUGUUGCAAAAUCCAUUAAAACAAACGAAAUAUCCAGCACAUGUAAUUACCUCAAUGAAGAGAAUUAAAACCGAGUCGACAAAUUCACCAGCUUUGAGUACAGGGUUUCAUAUCCAUAGUUGGACUGGAAGAAGCAAAACCGCGAUGCGACCUGUCAUUUCGCGGUCGUAUCUUUAUGAUUUUAUGCCAGUGCCUCUUACAAUUACAUUUUUAUUACCAGAUGAUAAAUCAGUACAAUUCAAUGUUAAUCAAGAACAACGGAAAAAAUUACGAGAUUCGGAAUUGUUGCAUACUGGGCAGAUCAAUAUCGAGAAUGAAAUUACAAAGCUAGCUAGUAAGCUACCUGAGUCCAGUGACUUGUUCCCAUUUGAGAUUCACCUCAAACAUGAAGAUUUUAUUGACAAAAGUGCUAACAUUGUUGCGAAUUUGGAAGCACAAACACCUCCACUAGAUCAAACUGACCAACAUUAUCUUGCUGGGCUUAAGUACUCAUUAAAAGAAGAAAACCCACCAAAACAUUUUCGUGAGGCCAACAUAGUCAAGGAGGAACCAAUGUUUGGAUUUGGUAGUAAUUACGAUUGGCGAUUUUUCACUGGUAUCAUCAACAAGACACCAUUGCUGCAACCGGCAAAUAGUGGAUUAUUGAAAGCUUUUCUAAGAUUGACUAAUCGAUACGGUAUACGAGCUUGGGUUUCUCAUGGAUCUUUAUUGGGUUGGUAUUGGAAUGGGUUACGAUUCCCCUGGGAUCCUGAUGUUAGUGUACAAUUGCCCAUUCAAGAUUUUCAACGGUUGACACAAUUGUUUAACCAGAGUAUUGUUGUUGAUUUUGGUCUCAAUUUGAACGAAGAGACUAGAUAUGGUCGGUAUUUCCUUGAUUCAACUUCAUUUCUUUCACAGAGAACUAAAGGCAAUACUAAUAAUAUCAUUGAUGCUAGAUUUAUUGAUUCAGAUACUGGUGUCAAAAUUGACAUUACUGCAUUAGCAGUCAGUAACGCGGUUGCACCUCCACGAUACUACAAACAAUCCACCUCUAGUAGCGAAGCAUUAAAAUCAAUGUCGAAUUUGGAGAGGAAUAACUUGCUACAAUUGUAA